AUGCAGAACCUGCUCAGUCCGAUGGGUUACGAGCAGCAGCUGCUGCAGGAUCAGCAACAGAUGCUGCUGCUGGAGCAGGAGUUGCAGCGAGGGGCGGAGCACGAAGAUCGCAAGGAACGGUCGUGGCGCAUGACGUACAUCGUGGGCGUUCCCACCCUGCUGCUACCGCUGCCGCUCUACAUGAAUAGCAAGGCCGGGUGGUGCGUCUACUGCAUGGUGUGGAUGGCCAUGUACUGGACCACCGAGAUCAUCCCGCUGCCGGCGACGGCGUUGCUGCCGCUGGCCAUGUUCCCGCUCCUGGGCAUCCUCAGCACCGGCGAAACGACCGCCCUGUACUUCAACAACAUCGGCUUCAUCAUCCUGAGCUCGUUGACGCUGGCCGCCGCCGUGGAGUGCACCAACCUCCACAAGCGCGUCGCCCUCAAGUCUCUGCUCAUCUUCGGCAUGAGCAAGCGAAGGAUAGUGUUCGCCAUCAUGAUGAUCAGCAUGUUCCUGUCCUUGUGGAUCCCAAACACCGCGUCCGCCUCCAUCAUGGGUCCCAUCACCCUCGCCGUGGCCGACCAGAUGCAGAAGUCGUCGCACAAGUUCGGGAAAGGGUUUCAAUUGCGAAAGAACAUUGCCAGCGCUGUAGACAAGGAUCAGCUGCGUUCAGGCGAGAUAGCGGCGUACGUGCGCAAGAUGAUGCUGCUGUCGGUGACGUACGCGUGCAACGUCGGCGGCACCGGCUCGCUCAUUGGCACCGCGCCGAACCAGAUCCUCAAGAACAUCUUCGACCAGUGA